GAUUUCAGCUUCGGGGAAAGUGAAAAGAAAGGGAAAAGAUGGCUAACGAGAUAUGUAGGACGUGGAGUUUUUCUACUCGUAGGGCCCCUUCGUCUAGGCCUGUGGAAGUAAUUGUGUAUAUUUUGACAUUUUUAAUGACAGUUGCUGCGUUUCAUCACAAAGAUCAACAGUUAAAUUUCAUCGAUUGUACAUCAAAGUCACAUCAGGCGAUAAUAUUUGAUCAAUCGCGGAUAGGCCUAGGCCGAUCAAACAAAAUCGUAAACAACCAGGAAGAGAGCUUCGCCAGCAGACUGUCAAGAGGGGCACCAUGUGAGCCCCUAACAGAGCAUGAGAAAACUAGCCUGGAGAAUACAGAAUCUACUUUUGAAUUCAAGAAUGAUUCCAAUUUUAACCUUGCUUUAGUAUGGCUAGGAGAAACUGGAAAGGAAUUAUUAGCAUUAACAACUAUGGAUUUUGGAAUUUUUGUUGGUCAGUCAAACCUGUGGAUUAGCAAUGACUUUGGAAGAACAUUUAUAAACAAAAACGAUUUAAUCAACAAAGCUAUUAUACGGCAAGAUUAUGGCAUCAAUAAGAGUCCUGACCCUAGAAAGGUGAUUUUUGUUGGUUACGUUGAGGGUGACUUCACUGAUAGUUUGCUGUUCAUUACUGAAAAUUCAGGUGAAACAUUUGUGAAAUCAGAUCUGCAAUUUAAUAUUCAAGGACCCUUGUUUUUUCAUCGUUAUAACAGUGACUACAUCCUGGCACAUUCAGCUAGUGAUCAGUACUCUUUGUGGCUUUCAACAGACUUUGGAAGGACAUGGACCAGAAUAAAGAAUUUUGUGCAUAGUUUCCGAUGGGGGGAAAAGACACAAAAUGACUUUAAUAUUUAUUUUGCUGUAGAUCGAAAUAUGAUGGCAGAUGAAAACGCUUUUGAUUUGGUUUUAAAGCGUGGUCGUGUAUCAGCAGAAAAAAAAUACCUGGAUGAUAAAGAUCUGCAAACAAAUGUGUUUACCUUUGGUGUGCAGGACAAGUUUUUGUUUGCAUCUGUAAAGAGUGAUGAGUACUCUUUGUGGCUGUCAACAGACUUUGGAAGGACAUGGACCAGAAUAAAGAAUUUUGUGCAUAGUUUCCGAUGGGGGGAAAAGACACAAAAUGACUUUAAUAUUUAUUUCGCUGUAGAUCGAAAUAUGAUGGCAGAUGAAAACGCUUUUGAUUUGGUUUUAAAGCGUGGUCGUGUAUCACAAGAAAAAAAAUACCUGGAUGAUAAAGAUCUGCAAACAAAUGUGUUUACCUUUGGUGUGCAGGACAAGUUUUUGUUUGCAUCUGUAAAGAGUGAUGAGAGUGGUAGUCGCAAGCUAAUGGUGUCCACAGAUGAUGGAAAUUCAUGGAACAAAGCUCAGUUGCCAGAUAUUAAACAAGACAUGUUUUACUCUGUGCUGGAUUCAACUGAAGGCAUGAUCUUUGUGCAUGUGGAUAAAGCUGGAAACAAUGGAUAUGGUGAGAUUUACACAUCUGAUGCUGAUGGGAUAGUUUUCUCCAUUUCACUGGAACGACAUUUAUAUCCCAAUGGUGGAGAUGUGACCGACUUUUAUCGUGUAGAAUCGAUUCGUGGUGUGUACUUAGCAAGUCAGAUUUUGGAAGAUCAAACUGUUCGUACAAAGAUUACUUUCAACCGUGGUGCAGAAUGGGGAAAUGUCAAAAUACAAUCAGGAAACCACUGUGAGGGAAAUGAUGAGAAUUGCUAUCUACAGAUCCACAAUAAAUUCUCCCAGACUCAAGGUGUUAACACCCCGAUGGGGCCCCUGAGCAACCCCAAUGCUGUGGGACUAAUCCUAGUCCAUGGUCAUCCUGGACUUGAACUGCAUUCCACUUUGCCGGAUGUUUACAUAACUGAGGAUGGCGGAUAUAGUUGGCGCAAAGUACUGGAUGGACCUCAUUUUUAUGCCAUCACCAACUACGGAGCUUUGCUUGUGGCUAUCCCACAGUCUGAUGCAUCCACUAAUGUUAUCAAGUAUUCUGUAGAUGCGGGUCAGUGCUGGUAUAAUUUUGUUUUCCAUUCAGAACCAAUAGCUGUGACGGGGCUUCUACCAGAACCCAAUUUCAAGUCACUAAAUGUAAGCAUCUGGGGCUACAAUACAGACACUAGGAUCUGGAUGGCCUUCAGUAUAGACUUUGGUGUAAUCUUAGAGAAAACAUGUAAGUACCAAGUACCAACAGUCGUUUGUGGAACUUCGUUAAUUGUGUUAAUUUUCUCUAGCUAUGAGAGGCAGGCAAUUUAUUAUGUUUUUUUUUUUAUGCAUUUUAGUGACUUUGGCUUUAGACGUAAGAAUGAAGGUAAUGGACCUUGUGAGCUUGAUCCAGAUUUUGAGGGCCUAGAAAUUGAUAUUUGUAUCAACCAUGAAGAAGAGAAAGAAAUAAGCAAAGGGUACCGAUUGAUUCCUGGUGACAAAUGCCAGGGUGGCUUUCAUCCUCCACGGAACCUUGAGGAUGUCCACCAACACUGCGAUGAAAUAAAUUUAUCAAGUAGACGUCCUAAACAUUCCGGUUUCAAAGUCUUCAUUGCACUGGCAUUGCUUUGCACUGUCUUUGUAUGUCUUGUUUUUAUCUACCGGAGACACACGUUCAGGCUUCCAUGUUUUAAGACCAGGAAUAUUACAUAUCGUUACUCGGAACUGUCUAGUAAAGAUGAGUUAGACAACGAAUUGGACAAAGCCCUCAACAUUGAUGAAGAAUCUCAUGUAUACCAUGACGAGUCAGAUGAUGAUAUGCUAACGUAAAGAGGAUAUUAAAGGAAGACGGUCUCUGUGAUGCCAAUGACAAGAUUAUUUAGAUGCUUUCUUCCUUUUAUCCAAGUCACAAUUAUACCGUUAUGUAAGAUUGUACCUGAGAAAAUUUGAUUUUAUUUAGUAUUAAAACAGUAUUUAUUGAUUUGGUUUAUAUUUGUUCCUAUAUGUAGAUUUUUGUUGGGAGGUGAAAGCAAUCAGAGGUUUUAAAAUUCCUUAUUAUUAUCAAUAGCAUUGUCAUCUUUAUCAUCAUUAUUGUCAUCGCCAUCAUCAUUAUUAGGAUUGUUAUAUUUAUCAUCUUUAUCAUCAUCAUCAUCUUUAUCUUUAUAAUCAUCUACAUCAUCAUCAUCUGUAUCAUUAUCAUUUUAUCAUUGCCAGCAUCAUCAUCAUCAUAAUUUGUUAUAAGAUUAAUUAUUUCAAUUGUCAAAUUAGUUUACUUUAUUUAGUGGCUGACUGGUAAAAGUAAAACAAAACAUGUACAGCUCUACUAAUUGCAUUUGAAAAGAAAAUAUAUUAAGAAUAAUUCUGUAAAUUAAUUACACUUCUUGCUGCAAUAUCACCUUGUUGCCUAACAUACAUUUUUGCUUGGAGAUAUCAAACUAACUUUAUAUUUGAAAGUGCAUUUAUCACAAUUAAAGUCCCAUUCCCGGCAAAAUUUCACUAAAAACUGACUUUUUUUAGAAAAUAUUCAUUUGCAUUACUCCAAUUAUUAUAAAUCAUGGAAAAAUAUUGGCAUGAAUUUUAGUUUUACGCAAAAGAAUAAAA